UGCAUCCCCGCCUUCUUCGACGAAGCCGCCAUCGAAGAGCCCGCGAAAGAAGCCAGCCUGGAUAAGCACGACCUUGUGCACGCGGUACAGGACAUUCCAGGCGGCGAUCCUGAGCGUGGCGUCCGCCGUACGCCGCUGGAGGAAGGAGGUGUAGAGGUGCCGCUGUAUAUCGUCUGGCGCCGUCAUCGCGGUCGGCGACAAAGCCGCAUCUGCAACCGAGCACGCGAUGGAGCGCUCUUCUUACCCCCAUCCUCGAUUGUCAAUUCUUUCCCAGACGUCGUCGGCGGAGCACCUCUCGCCGACGCCCUCCUCCGCCCGCUUCUCGCUCCCGCCCAAGACGGGCGCGCGGCCGAACAUCUAUGACCGCAACCUGAACAAGACGCGCAUCGCGGAGGUCUCGCUCUCCGCGUUCGCCUUCCUCUUCUCGGAGCUCGUGCAGUACACGCAGAAGCGCGUCUCUGGCAUCAAUGACCUCGAGCGCAGGCUAAACACGCUCGGCUACCGCGUCGGCACGCGUGUGCUCGAGCUCAUGAGCUGGCGCGCAGAGUCGUCGUCGAAGGCGCCCAAGCGCGAGAUCCGCUUCCUCCCCGCGCUCAUGUCCAUCCACACGAACGUCUGGCGGACGGUCUUCGGCAAGCCCGCGGACGCGAUCGAGAAGAGCGUCGAGAACGCAGACGAAUACAUGAUCAUUGACAAUGACCCCCCGAUUGAGCGCAGCAUAUCUGUCCCGAGGGACAUGUCGCAGCUCAGCUGCUCGUCCUUUACGGCGGGCAUCGUCGAGGCCGUGCUUGAUGGGCUGGGAUUCCCCGCGCGCGUCACUUCUCACAACACGCCCACAGCCCAGUACCCGAACCGAACGACGAUCCUCAUUAAGCUCGAGCCAUCUGUGCUGGAGAGGGAGGAGCUCCUGAAGACCUGAUCGAGUGCGCCGUUACUGUUGUUUCUUUGUACAUAUAUCGCCAGGAGUAAUAUACGGACAGUGGACUUCA